CCGCGAAGUAAUUCUGGAAGAAGUCGACUCGCAGCAUGUUGAGAAGGAUCUUGUUCGGAGCGAUCAAACAGAAGUCAGGGGUUAAACUGUACAGCAAGCUGGUAGUGAGAACCAAGUACGACGACCGAGUGGACUUGGUAAGACUGAGAAAGUUGUGUGACGAGAAGAUCGACAAGCUGGGCUUUCCGUCGUGCACCAAUGACUUCUUGAAGCGAAAAUCACGUGUGGUCUGGACUAAGAAUCCGACCGUAGGUGAGCUUUUGCACAACCACCGAGAGUUCGCCUCUCGAGAGGUUGUUGCCUGUGCAUGCACAGGAUUUGACCUGCCCCAGAGUGGAGGGCACGUUAGAUGUCGUUUGAGUGAACUGGCCGACAUUGACCCAAUGCUGAUGAACGCUAAAAAUGUUCCGAGGUGUGUGAAGGAAAGAAGGGAAAGGAAUUUGAAGAAGGAAAUCGAAGAUGGGUUUACUAUGUGGAAACAAGGGAGGGACACGUCUGUCGAGGUGGAGUUGAAGGAGGUUAAGUUGUGCAUGAAUGGGAGAGGACAGGUGGGUGGUGAACUCGAACUUGAAAGCGUGCUGAAGCUGAAGAGGAGGUUUGAAGGAUUGGUCUUCACUUCUGUUGACCGUAACCCCGGAGAGACAUGCAUCAUGUGCCCGCUGCUGUACUACGAAGGGAUGCAGACCAUGUUUUUGAAGAACGAAGGCUAUGUGUUUGACGAGAGGAGUGAGGAUCGUUUCUGGGAUGAGAGUUACGACGAAUAUGUGGAGGCGGGGUUGGGACAGUUAGGUAAGUGGAAAAUGACGGGAGGAACUGGGAAGAGCUAUGUGAUUCCCAAGCACAAGGACCUUGGGUCCUUUCAGCCAAUCUACCCGACCUUUCGAGAGCCAAUGAACGUAACCAGCAAACGGAUGGCACGGGCACUGAAUCUGUUAUUGAAUACCUUACCGGAUAAGGAGCAUUUUAACCUGCAGGCUGUCUCGGGACUUGCUGAAAGGCUGACAAAAGCAAAUAAAAGCUUCGGCCAGAUGGGAACCGACACACGCAUCCUUGCAGCAUCAUACGAUGUCAAGGACAUGUUCAGUCGGUUACCCCAUAGGGAGAUCAUAACAGCAGUGGAUUGGUUGGUAAACUGGCACCGCGAGAGGGGAAGAAAGGUGGUGAGAGUUAACCCGAGAGGAAAGGGUGCAGUGUUCGACUGUAAGACGAAAGAUAGCUGGUGGGCUGUGAGUUUGCAAGAGAUUCGUGGCUUUGUAGCUUUCGACUUAGAACACACUGUGACAGUUGCCUCUGGUCUCAUGCUGAGGCAAACGAUCGGAGUCCCGAUGGGCAAGAGUACCAGUCCACCACUCGCGUGCAUCAUGUGUGCCUACGCGGAGUGGCGUUUCUUGGACUUUGGGCCCAGCAAGGAAGAGGGUGGUGGCUGUACGUUUGGUCGACGAUGUUUCCUUGUUUGUGGCAUAUAAGAAGGGUGAUGAGCAUUCCAAGGAGGAGGCUGUCAAGGUGAGAAAGUGCUUCGAAGGGUGUUACCCGAAGAGGCUGACCCUGA